AUGGGCUCGUCUCACAUCGGAAGUAACGAUGAAGUGCAGAAGGAGCUAUUUAUGGCCUGUGCAGGCCCUUUCGUUAAUGUUCCUGUUCAAGGAGAGAGGGUUUUCUACUUUCCUCAAGGCCACAUAGAACAAUUUCAAGAGGAAGAUUCAGCAAAUCAAAAACUCAUUCGACAACAAUUCUCAAAACUCGACUUACCAAACAAGAUGUUGUGUCGUGUUGUUGAUUCUAGUUUAAAGGUUGACCAUGAAACUGAUGAGGUCUAUGCUAUCAUCAAACUAUGUCCGUCUCAAGAGGAUUAUUCCCAACCACAACCAACCCAAGAGUUGAUUGCAAAAGACUUCCAUGGACGCGCAUGGAGUUUUACGCACGUCUACAGAGGAAGGCCCCGAAGGCAUGUUAUCACCCAUGGGUGGAAAAAAUUUGUUCGUCAAAAGGGACUAGUUGCUGGUGAUGCUUUAAUUUUUGCGAGAGGGCCAAAUAAUGAAUUGCGUAUAGGGAUUAGACGUCUUGUGCAACGGAUUCCUGUGAUACUAUCCAACGAAAGCCAAAUACAAGUCCUUGCUAGCACUUCACAAGCUCUUUACAAGAAUAAGGAGUUUGUCGUCUAUUAUAACCCGAGGGCAUUCCCAUUUCUUGUGGGACUUCAAAAGUAUCUCAAAGCAGAUGCGUAUAAUUUUUCGUCGGGCAUGAAUGUCAUCAUGAGAUUAAAGGGAGGAAAAAAUGCUGAGAAUGAGAAAAGAGGAGUAAUUGUGGAACAGACAACUAUUUCUGCGGAGUGGCCAACAUCUGAAUGGCGGUCGAUAAAGGUUCAAUGGAAUAUACCAUCGAGAAGAUCUUUGAUUCAAAUGCCAGAGCGGGUGUCUGCCUGGCAACUCGAGCCUGUACUAGAGGAUGUUCGCUCACAUGUUGGAGAAGCAUCGUCAUCAAGGAAUACAAGGCUUCAGAUCUGUGACGAUGGUCCAACGUAUUGUGCUAACGCCAUUUGGAAUGAGUCAUUGCAUUCCAUCCCUUCGUCAUCAGUUGGCCUAUCAGAUAAAGGAAAAGAAUGCAAGAAGCCAAAAGUGUUGAGAUUGUUUGGCGUAGAUAUAUCCGUCACGACCUCAUGUUCUACUAGUGAAACAAAUUAA